GGAGAAUCCUCCAAACUCGCCGCGCUCGAGGCACCACGAAACGCAUGUGAGUAAUAAUCUCGUGCUGGAGGAACUAUAUAUACCGCAUCCACCCCUAUCACUCUCAUCUGUCAUUUUUGCUUAGUGCAAACGCCAAGGUGAUAGCGACUGCGUUCCGAGCACAGUCCGAUAAGACCGCCUUCCCGGACGAGUGUGAAAUAUGUCCACUACAAUAAACACCACCUCGCCCCUUCCUACCUAAGACAACAAUUUUCAAACCUCACACUUAUGGCCAUGGCUGCGAACACGUCAACUGAGAACUCACACAAAGCCACCCACCUCCUCGUUCUCGUUCAUGGUCUUUGGGGCAACCCGGAUCACCUCAAGUACCUCACAACCAGCGUCAAGGAGCGAUAUCCUGACCUUGACGUCCUCGUCCCCAAGAGCAAUGCCGGCAGCUUCACAUACGAUGGUGCCGAGGUUGGCGGCGAGCGAGUCGCAGACGAAGUAGAGAACAGGCUGGACGAACUCAGAAAGGAAGGUCACACUAUCACGAAAUUCAGCAUCACUGGAUAUUCGUUCGGCGGACUUGUAGCCCGCUAUGCUAUCGGAUUGCUCUACCACAAGGGCAUCUUUGAGCAAAUCGAGCCGGUGAACUUCACGACUUUCGCUACACCUCACCUCGGUGUCCGUACUCCUUUGAGAGGCUACACUAGCCAUGUCUGGAACGUACUUGGCGCCAGGACCCUUUCCGCCAGUGGCAGACAACUCUUUGGCAUCGACAAAUUCCGCGACACAGGCCGGCCUAUCUUGGCCAUUCUUGCAGACCCAGACACUAUCUUCAUCAAAGCUCUGGCAGAGUUCAAGCACCGAAGCCUGUACGCCAAUGUCGUCAACGAUCGCACGGUCACCUAUUACACCGCCGGGAUCUCGCAGACAGACCCAUUCAUCAGGCCUGACGAGCUCAAGAUCAACUACAUCCCAGGCUACGAGGACGUGAUCAUCGAUAGCGAGGAUCCAGUUUCGCCCAAGGAGCAGGAGCCUACGCCAGCCCUCGUACAGCGCUUGACUGCUUCAACACGAACAGUCUUUACCCGUCUUCCUCUGUUCGCCUUCCUCGUCGUCUUCAUUCCGAUUGGUACGACGCUCUUUCUCUGCAACUCCGCUGUCCAAUCCCUCCGGAGCCAGCAGCGCAUUCGUCUCCACGAAGCUGGGAGUGCUGGCAUUGAGGCUGGUCGUUACCGCAUCCCACUUAUGCUCAACGCCGCUCGAAGGGAAGCUGAGGACAUUUUCGAGAACGUCAACAAUGCACACGAGCAGGAGUAUCUCGGCAGUGACAGCGAGGAGAUGGUGUCCCCGACACAGCCAACUUCGCCCAGAUUCGAGCGUGGACACCUAAUUACUGACGUAGAGGCCACCACGGAGAACAAGCGAGCGUCUCCCCUCGAGUUCCCUGCGCUUGCACUGCGACAGGAUCAGUUUAAGAUGAUCGAAGCUCUCGACAACGUUGGGUUCAAAAAGUUUCCGGUUUACAUUCACAACCACCGUCACUCCCACGCCGCCAUCAUCGUCCGCAUGGACAAGAAGUCUUUCGAUGAGGGUCGAGUUGUCGUCAAGCAUUGGCUCAACAACUUCGAGGCUUGAAGCAUGAAUUUUGAAUAAUAAUGAUCACAUACCACCAAGAUACUGCGUACACAUGGAUGUACAUACUCAGGAGUCUGUCGAGCAUCCCCGACUUUCGAAGCAUUUCAGCAUUGGCGUUUGGAGGUCUAAUCAUCACAGCGCAUACCCGUAUACAUCUACAUUCAUAGUUUUUAGUUGAACCAAAAUUAGUCCACCUGGUCUCAC